CCUCCUUACUGACGUGUCGCAUUCGCUUAUUACUGAGGGAGAAAACACGGAGGGCUGUUUUCUCUUUUUUCUUUUUCAUGCCACUUCUCGAACCGCAGACGGAACCAUGUCCGAGCCCAGCAAGCAGGAUAUCUCUGCUAUCUUUAAGCGUCUUCGCUCCAUCCCUUCGAAUAAGGUUUGCUUUGACUGCUCAGUUAAAAACCCCAGUUGGGCCAGCAUCACUUAUGGUGUAUUCCUAUGUAUAGAUUGCUCUGGGACACACAGGUCUCUUGGGGUGCACCUGUCUUUCAUCAGGUCCACCGAGCUGGAUUUUAAUUGGUCGUGGUAUCAGCUGAGAUGUAUGCAAGUGGGAGGCAAUGCCAGCGCGGUUGCAUUUUUCAGUCAAUAUGGGUGCACAACCAGUGCUGCCAAUGCCAAGUACAACAGUCGAGCUGCUCAGUUGUACAGGGAGAAGAUAAAGACUUUAGCCACGCAAGCCACCAGAAGCCAUGGCACUGAGUUGUGGCUCGACAGUCAGGCUCCUCUCUCCCCAACGUCCCCCGACGACAAGCAGGUGGAUUUCUUCAGUCUGCAUACACAGGCUCUUCCUGAAAAUAUGAAAAUGGACAAAAUGAGUCUCAGCUCUUUCCCACCAGAGAAGACUUCAACUGUGGAAACAGAGGAGGACAAAAAUGGUAAUCUAGAUGAGGGUCCUAGUGUGGAGAUGCUGAGCGUUUCUCCUAAAGCGAAUCCAGAGCUUUCCUCUCUUUUUAAGAAGAAGCCAGCUGCUGCCAAGAAAACACUGGGCGCUAAGAAAGGCGGUCUGGGUGCUCAGAAGGUUAGCAGUAAGAGUUUCUCAGAGCUGGAGAAGAAGGCUCAAGCUGCCGACAAGCUCAGAGAGAAAGACGAUGGCACGACUGCUGGAAAGAAGAAUACUCAACACGAGGAAUCCAUCGCUCCAUCCCUGCGACUGGCCUGUAAAGAUCUUGAGCAGCAUAGGAAAAUGGAUGAGCAGAAAAUGAAGGGAUUAGAGGGGAAUAAGAAAGAGCAAGCUGAGAGACUGGGCAUGGGUCUAGGCUUCAGGAGUGGAGUGUCUCACUCUGUGACAUCGGACAUGCACAUGAUCCAGCAGGAGAAUCCACGUGGGACCAAGACCACCAAAGGACGGCGGUUCACUGAGGACGACGACGAUGAGGUGUCCUUCGGCUCUAGGAACUCGUCCCGGUUUGAGGAUCAAAUAGAAACCUCCGAUAUUUUCUCCUCUCGGUGGGACGAUAAAGGUGACGGAGGGGGCUGGAUGAAGGAGAGCAAGAAGCCAGAGCCAGACUUCUACUUGACCUCCAAUAUAUCAUCACUGGAUGACAGGCCCACAUCCAGAAGAAAACCAGAACCAGUCUCAGACACGGGAGAAGCUCGGGUAAAGUUUGGAGACGUGAAAGCAAUCUCUUCUGACAUGUACUUUGGAAAACAGGACAACUCUGAGUAUGAGGCCAGAACACAACUGGAAAGAUUUGCUGGGAGCGCUUCCAUAAGUUCAGCAGACCUUUUUGAUGAUCCAAAGAAACAGACUGCGAGUUCGUACCGUCUGUCCAACGUGCUACCUAGUGCUCCCGACAUGUCACAGCUCAAACUGGGAGUGCGCUCAGUCGCAGGGAAGCUCUCCGUCAUGGCCAGCGGCGUAGUUAGCUCAAUCCAGGAUCACUACAGUUCCUGAAUCACGGUGCGUUUUUUCUCGGAUUCAGCGGCCUUAUAGUCGUCCUCUGUUUAACGGAGUCAGAUAAGUUUCCCAGUGAGCGGAGGUCACUCAUCUGGGGUGUGAAAAAAGGAGAAAGAUUGAUCCGUGCUCUGUGACAGCAUCAAAAUUUACCCCCAAAUAACCCUGUGUACAUCUAUAUCUAGUUUUUUAUUAGAUACUGUAUAUACAGCAGUCGUUAGAAAUCAAGGUGACCGAAGCACAAUAUUUCCAGUGGAAUCAUGUUCCCCUGCAGGCAUCUUGAAGGGAGAUCUACGUCUAUAAUUCAGUAAUGAAGGUUUAGUUUGCAGUUUAUUAUUUUUAUUGCUUUGCAAUCUUGGGGUUUAAAUAUUUUGAAGGUUUAUGCUGUUUUUGAAGGAGGGGUUUGCUUUUUGAUUCCUUUAGUUGAUGAGGUAAAAAAAUAAAUAAAUGUAAGCAGUGGGGGUCAAUUCAGUUUUUAAUUGGUUAAAAUACUUUCACUCAUCAUAUGCACUUUGUAGUGUCAUAUUGUGCUUUUUUUUGCACAUUCCCACAGGUUUAAAAGUGUCCUUUCUGUCCCCAAGUGCACUUAUGUUUACUUUCCCACACAUAGGACCAAAACCUGAUAAAGAGGCCUUGGGGAACCAGAUAUAUAUUUCUUUAUUGCGCUUAUUAUCUGUUAUAUAAAUUGGAAUAGGCCUCUUAAGCACAUAAGCUUCAGUAUCUUGAAAACAGUUGUUUUUCUCUUUUUUCUUUGGGUCUUGCAUUUGUAGUCAAAAAAUGACAAGAUGGCAUAAGAGCCUAAGCAGUUAUUUCAAAGCAGGUUCAAAGGACACAUUCGAUCGACAGGGCAAAACAGCUAGCCUAAACAAACAGACAAGACAAAAGACAGAAGAGUAAAAACUUUGGCUUUUUGUAUGAAUUGUGUGGACAGAGCCAGGCUAGCUGUUUCCCCCUGUUUCCAGUCUUUAUGCUAAGCUAAGCUUAUCGCCUGCUGGCUGUGACUCCAUAUUUAACAGACAGAUGUGAGAGUGGAGAUCUGUCUUCUCAUCUAAGCCUAUUCCUUUACAAAAGAAGAACAGCAAUCAACUUACUGGCACUAGAAUGACCCUGCUUGAUGUAGGCCAGUUGCACUAUGUGUUAUAUUCCUUUUCCUCAGUCCAGUUGUUUGGACUUUUAACACAUUGUAAUCAAGAAUAUGGUCGACGGUGUAGAUUUAUUGAAUUCAAAGGUUCCUUUCUGAUGAUGAUUUGGUUUGAAUUUUGUAGCAGCUUUUUUUUUUUUUUUGGUUGGAGUUUGUGUUUAAUAUUAUGUGUUGACUUUCUGCGUCGCCCCCUUUGGUAUUUAAUUUAAAGUACCCCAUUUCAGAUUAGGAUUUGAUGAUGCGGUGGGACCUCUUUGUAGCUUUCAGGCCCCACUGUACAGCAACACGUCCACUUAAAAUACGAAUGCAAACAACCCCUUUAAAGCCUUCACUGCUGUUUUUUUUGUUGUUGUUGUUGUUGCUGUACCAUACUGCCAAGGUCCAGGUCUUUAAUUGUGACAAAUAUGACCGAGCUAGGGGGAACAGGUAGCACUACAGGUGGUGCUAUUGUGCGGUUUGACAUUUAAAAGCAAUACAAAAAGCAGCUUGAUAUCCGUUCAUGGCUCAUGGUUUGGGAUGACUACAGUAUGGCCUGUGCUUUAGCUUUUAGAUAAAGUUUUGCCAUGAUGCUUCAGAUAUCUGUAUAUCUAUAUUGUGUGGAGUUAAGGGACUGAUCAGGAACAGAAUGGUUAUAUUACUGAGCAAUGUCUGUACUGUUUAUGCCUCUCAGGAGUUGUUAAAUAUGAAACACUAAAAGAGAGCAAAGUGAGAGUUGUAGAUCCUUCAGUGACCAAAUAUUUGUUUACUCCAUCACUCUAUGCCUUAGUCCAAAGAUCUCAUUAACUCGCCCUCAUAUUGUAAUAUUGUGGAGUCAUCUAGUUACCCUUUUUUUUUUGCACAUAAUUUGUUAGAAAUUGCGCGUGGCAGCUUUUUGCUUGAAUGUACUGUAUUGCAAUUGAACCUUUUGCCUCUUUAAGGUGACGAUGCGUCCAUGUUAGACUGUUUUUUGUUUUUUUUUGUUGAUCUUUGUAAGAUUGUUUGUGUCUUCUGCUGUUGAAUAUUGUUAAUUCUUACAUGAAAGAGCUGUAGCUUGGGUGUAAGUUGCAUGGCCCUUGUAGUUAGUUGACACAUCAUGAACCCAAGAUGGCUGGAAAGCAACCGUUAAAUAAUAAUGGAAUAUACAGUAUACACAAUAAAAUGUUGUAUAGGGCUUUGAAUUACCAUUUAUAGAACCCUACUGAUAAUCAAGUUUUGACAUAUUUUCUCAAAAUGUAAGAAAGAUUUUUGAAAACAUGCCAAAUAAAUGGCUUGUGCUGCACAGAAAUGUGUUUUUGAUUGAUUGAUUUUGUUUGUAAGAAAAAAAGUGUCCAUCGCAGUUUCACAGAGUCCAAGUUGAUGUCUUCAAAUGUACUGUCUUUAACUUAAAUAUAUUCAAUUUACAUUGUUGUAGAACAGAAAAGCAGCGAACCCUCACACUUGAGAAGCUGAAAUCAGGAGAUGUGUGAUAUGUUUUGUUUAAUAAAUGGCUUUAAAAAUAAA